AUUUCUCACAGGAGCUUGUCCCAUCUCUAAUCAAGCGUCUAUUGACAGUGUCCACGUCAAAAGUGUUUACAUCCAGUUAUCAUGGAUUCUCAAAAUUUGGAGCCCUCUUUGUACUCUGUAAAAGCCAUAAUGAUACUUGAUAAUGAUGGAAACAGACUUAUGGCAAAGUACUAUGAUGAACAGUUCCCAUCAGCAAAGGAACAGAAAACAUUUGAAAAGAAUUUAUUCAAUAAAACCCACAGAGCAAAUGCUGAGAUUAUCAUGUUUGAGGGUAUGACGUGUGUAUACAGAAGUAACGUAGACCUGUUCUUCUAUGUUGUGGGCAGUGCAAAUGAAAAUGAGUUGAUACUAGCAAGUGUUCUAAACGGUUUUUAUGAGGCUGUCAGCCAGAUACUACGACGGAAUGUGGAGAAGAGAGCGUUAUUAGAAAACCUCGACUCCAUUUUCCUCGCCAUGGAUGAGAUAUGUGAUGGAGGAAUCAUCCUAGACUGUGACAGUUCAAGUAUUGUGUCGAAAGUUGCAGUGCGAUCAGAUGAUAUACCAAUGGGAGAGAAAACGGUUUCACAGAAACUCAAGUCUGGUUUAGAGGUAAUUGAAUCCGCAAAAGAACAGAUUAGGUGGUCUCUACUGAAGUGAGAGAAGUUUCAUCAAACUUGGACAACUUUCAUUGGAAGAAUGUAUUAUGUGGUGACUUAGUUGGUUCACUGUGACUUAGUUGGUUCACUGUAAAUGUAAAUACCACGACCAUUAGCAUAAGAAACAUAUUUCAUUCACUCUUUGUUCGAUAAUGUUAUAAGGAUAUAUGUAGAAAGUGGAAGUAACUUAAAAAAAAACAUGCAUUGUCAAUAGGUGUUAAAAUAGUUUCCUGAGUUUAAUAAGAAUACCUAGCUAGGUGAAAGUACCCUUGUUAAGUGUUAGUACCUCCAUUAAGUGAAAAUGCCUUUGUUUAAUGAAAGUAUCUUUGUUUAUGUACCUUUGUUAAUUGAAACUACCUUCGUUAAAGUACUACAGCUAUUUGUCAAAAGAAAACAUAACUUAAGUUAUCACACACAACUUAUAACAAGUUCCUUGUAAGAAUCAAUUCUUUCAAUCUCAUACUGUUAAUUAAUCUAAAUACAAGACUAGAGUGUUGUCCUGUUAUGUAUUGAAAGUUAAAAAUUCUGAGUUUUGGUAUGUCUUAUUUACUAGUGUGACUUUGUAUUACCUAUUGUGGGAACAGUCAGAUGUCUUGUGUAUAUAUGAAGCAACAUGAUUAAAUUUAUUAUGAUAUAGAUCUA